AUGAACGCUUCAACCGGCGCAACAGCAGCGGUGGCGGCGGCGAUGACGACGACGGUAACGAGCGUGGAUCCCUGGACCCAAACCAUGAGCUGGAUCCAAGUGCUCGGUACAUCACAGACGACUGUACCAGUGCCCAUGGAGGACCUCGCCGAGUUUACAUUUCAGAACAUCCGGCUCGGACUUGUGUACGGCGCGCAGGUCGGGCUUGCGAGCCUCAUGCUGGUUACAUUGCUGCUGCUGACCAGGUCCGACAAGCGAGGGUCGCCGAUCUACAUGCUCAACACGCUCGCACUAUUCCUGGACGUGCUGAGAGGCAGCAUGAUGGCGGCGUGGCUCGACUCGACGUGGAACCACCCGCUCGUCGCCUUCGAGUCGGACUACUCGCAUAUCACCGCGGGCGACAAGACCAAGAGCCUCAUGGCGGAUGUGUUCAAGGUAGCCGAGUUAGGCGUCAUCCUUUCAUCCCUCAUCCUCCAGGUGUGUGUCAUGAUGGCCACGGCACCGUCGCACCAGCGAGCAUUGGUGGUCGGCGUUGCGUGCGCUCUCGCCCUUGUGACCAUGUGCGAGCUCCUUGCUUCCACGGUUGUAAACGCACAGAACAUUGUCUACUUGGCUCCCGUGGCAUCGUACGCUCUUCAGUACAGACUAUCCGACGUGGCUUCCAUCCUGCAACUCGUCAGCGCGGGGUUCUUCCUCGCCAUCUUUGUGGCGAAGUUAGCCGUAGCCAUUCGAAGACGACGCCGGAUAGGACAGCGAAAGUUCGGUCCAAUGCAAGUCGUCUUCAUCGGCAGUCUGCAGAGCAUGAUAAUCCCAGUUAUAUUUACAGCAGCGCAAUGGAAUCAGUACGUGGACCUCGGCAGCCUGUCAAUGACUAUGCUUGCGAUCCAACUUCCCCUCACAGCACUGUGGGCAAGCACGUCGAUAGAGGCGCGCAUGGAUGGCGAGAAGCCGGAGCGGGCACAGAAGCAGCCAUCCGAAAUGUUGGGCUCUGAUCGACAUCUCAUCGGCGGUCAGCCGACGAGGAAACUCGACGAAGACGAUCUUAGCACGUCUACGACCUCGUCGGAACUACCAUCUCCUAUGAGAAACGUAGGAACAGCGGGCACCCUGUGCACGCUAUGCGAGGCAGCCGGCGCCAAAAACGGUCGCAAUGUCAAUCUUGAUGUCAAGACACUUGAACGGCAUAUUGUAUAG